AGCCAGCGGUGGUGCUGCCAGAGCUUAUUCCCUUCCAGCCUCCCCGAUGAACCACUCCCAACUCUCCACUUUUGCCCUCCCAUCUCUCUUUCCCACCUUCUGGCAAUUUAGUCUCCACCCUCGUCCCUCCUUUUGCCUAGAGCCGCUCGCAGUCCCCCUUCUCGAUCCCGGGCAAUGAAGACUUUGGCACGAGCACUUCGUCGACCUUUCGGUGUGCCUGGUCGGGGUACGAAUCACGUGGACAAGGGACGAAGACCAUCGCGAGUGGAGCGAGUAUUUGGAGUGGCUGAUUAUCCAGUCCUGGAGAACGAACGUGGAGGGCGACUUCUCGGAUUCCUGUUCGGAUCGGUGCGGCCCAGUCACCGCCAACCGAUCGUCUUGGAGCUUACGGUCCCACUCGCGCAUCUAGUCGACGAUCUUCCCUUGGAGAUCGUCUCGCAAAGUGACGAGAGCCCGGUCCCGCACAUUCUCACGCGGACCCUGGCGCCGUAUCUUCAGUGGUCAGCGUGCCUAGAGGAGCCGGGAAAUGACCGCAACCCGCCAUCGCAGCGGGAUUAUCUGAGCCCCGGAGAGAUCAUCGAUCGCGCCUACUUCCGGGAUCGAACGACCACCGAGGACGAGGCGAUAGCGGCAGAAGAAGAAGCAGCCGAAGAAGAAGAAGAAGAAGAGGAGGGAGACGACGAGGAAGAAACUCCCGAAGAGGGGAGUUACAACGAGCACAGUGAAGGGGAACAAAGUGAGGAGGAAGAAGAAGAACAAGACGAUGAAGAGGAAGAGCUAGGGUCGGAGGAAUCGGAGUGGGAGGACACACCGGAAGAAGGAGAACAAGCGGGCGCGCAGGCGGAAGACCCCGACGCGGCACGCAAGAGAGAAGAGAUCGCGGCCGGAAAGCGAUAGCUGGAAUUCGCCAGCGAAGCCAAUCAGCAGCUCACCGACGAUCCGGCCCGAGAUCCAGAGCCGCCCAAGCCC